CUGCUGAUUGGUCGGAUGAACCAGCUCACGUGGUCGGGCUCUGAUAAGCUGCCUCCCGGCCCCCGGCGGUCAGUCGGCGGGCUGGACCGCAGCUGCAUCCGCAAAGUGCUGGGUGUGAAGUUGUGCUGGGUGUGGCUGUCGCGGUUGCCGCUGACUCUCGGCCCAAUGAGCUGCACCAGAAUGAUCCAUGUGCUGGAUCCACGGCCUUUGACAAGUUCAGUCAUGCCAAUGGAUGUGGCUAUGAGGAUUUGCUUGGCUCAUUCACCACCCCUGAAGAGUUUCCUGGGUCCUUACAACAACUUUCAGCGAAGAAAUUUUGUGAACAAAUUGAAGCCUUUGAAACCAUGUCUCAAUGUCAAACAGGAAACAAAAUCACAGAACGAAUGGAAGCCCCCGAAUGACCAAGCCAAGAAGCGGGUCGUGUUUGCCGACUCCAAGGGGUUGUCACUCACUGCAAUCCACAUCUUCUCUGACCUCCCAGAAGAACCUGCGUGGGACCUGCAGUUCGAUCUCUUGGACCUUAACGAUAUCUCCUCCAGCUUAAAACUUCACGAGGAGAAAAAUUUGGUUUUCGAUUUCCCCCAGCCUUCAUCUGAUUACUUAAGUUUCCGGGACCGCUUUCAUAAGAACUUGGUCUGCUUAGAGAACUGCUCUUUGCAAGAGCGGACAGUGACUGGGACAGUCAAAGUUAAAAAUGUGAGCUUUGAGAAGGAGGUUCGGGUCCGAAUCACCUUUGACUCCUGGAAAACCUACACAGAUGUGGACUGUGUAUACAUGAAGAAUGUUUAUGGCAGCUCAGACAGCGACACCUUCUCCUUUGCCAUUGACUUACCCCAUGUCAUUCCAACUGAGGAGAAAAUUGAGUUUUGCAUUUCUUACCACACUAAUGGGAGGGUCUUCUGGGACAACAACGAGGGUCAGAAUUAUAGAAUUGUCCAUGUACAAUGGAAACCCGAUGGGGUGCAGACACAGAUGGCACCCCAAGACUGUGCAUUCCAACAGGCGGUGCCUAAGACUGAGUUAGAACCCACUGUCUUUGGCAGUCCGAGGCUUGCUAGUGGCCUCUUCCCAGAGUGGCAGACCUGGGGGAGAAUGGAUAACUUGGCCUCCUACCGAUGAGUUAGAUAGCCUAUGGACUAGCUUUGUCUGAUGACAAUCCUCAUGCGAUUCUAGCUCUGCGUUGCUCAAUAUUAGGAAGUCUUAGUUACUUUCCAUCAGUAGGUUUAGGUAUGAGCUCUUGGGGCCUGGCUAUAGAUAAUAUAGUGUUGGGGUCCCUGAGGGUGAUGCCACCCGGUCUUGUUUUGGAGGAUCAAGUAACAGUCUGGGAACUAGUUUUAUAACAGUAACACCUUUUUGGGGGUGCAAUUUUCCCACUCCCUCUCAGUUCACUAGCUUUCACGUUGGACAAGGAAAGGCUUAAGGACAGUUGAUAGUGAUGGAACGCUGUGGUAAGGGUGUGAGGAAUGUGGAAUAUAUACGCUAAGGGCUCUGAGGCUUGAGUCAGAGGAGGAGCAGGGGGCUGAUACUUAAACUGUUGGUGGGAAAACAUAAAGUUACCUUGUGUUUCAAUGUGGGUUUUACAGGUUUCUCCUGAGGAAAUAAUUCAACAAGGGGAAAGAGGUCCAUUCUGUGCAUUGUUGCAUAGAAAAAUACAGGGUAUUGGAUGGUACUGGGGGGGAGAUGAACUGUUGGUCUGAAGAAUCAAGAUCUUGAGGGCUAGAGAUGUAACUUAGUUGGUAGAUGUUUGCUUAGCAUGCAUGAAGUACCAUAAAACUGGAGAUGGCAACAUGUGCCUCUAAUACCAUACAUUAGGGUAGAGGCAGGAGGAUCAGAAAUUCAAGGUCAUCCUUGGCACCUAGAAAGUUGGAGAUCAGCCUGGGCCAUAUGAGACCCUGUCUUGAGGAGAUGACAAGAAGACUCUAAGUGAAUCCUUUCCGUUUAAACGUGGUCUAUCACAAUCCACGUUUUGGGGAGUGUUUAAGCAAAUCCAGCUUUGCAGGCUUAACCUGGUAAGUGACUUUGCAGUCAAGGCAUCAUUCUUGGGUUCUUGGUAGAGAAUGCUUCCCGACAAGAGUCAUGCUGUCACCAAUGGCUAGCAGUAUGUAGAGACUCAAUGUCAUGUCAAAGGUUGACAACUCUUCCAGUGCCUUGAUUAAACCAGAACACUGUACUGUUUAAACCGGUUACCUGAAUGGCCAUCUAAUAACUCAUGAGCUUUUUUCAUUUGGCCUCAUUUGAAGGUCCAUUCGCUGGCGUUCUCCUAAAAUACUGCUGUAUUUUCAGGAGUGCUGUCGGUGUACACAACUCACAUCCUUCAUAUUGAAGGUGACUCAUCUUUCUGCCACACUUUUUUGAUGUGAUGUUUGAAGUGGGGACUGUCACCAGGGUCUCAGCUCAAGAAUCCAGUACCUCGCACAUCCAAGUAGCAGUCUAUCUCUCGCCUACUUUUGUCUUGCUGUUUUAGUUUCAAGUGCUUCUUAAAAAAGCAGAUGUGAAUUAUUUUGAAUGUGAACAGUUUUGUAUGUACGUGAAUCCAUUAUGUGAGAUCUUGAAGGCAGGUGUCCCAGGAUGUUUGCCAUUAUUGUGUAUGCCCUUUUGGGGGUGUUAGGAGAGUGCAGUGAAUUGUAACACAUGUGAUCUGCCAUGCUGUGAAAACACUAUUGGAAUAACUCCACUCUGACA